ACAGCAGCAUGUUCYCCUCAUUUGGUCCAUCAGCAUCUUCGGGAUCUGCAGAAUGGGAGAWGAUCCACACCAUUCUCCCCCCUUACAUCUUCAUUAUCUCCUUGUUAGGCCUCCUCUUGAACAUCUUUGUCCUGGCAGUGUUUGCAGUCCAAAGGGAUCGACUGACUGUACCAGAGAUAUAUCUCAGCAACCUGGCACUGGCUGACUUUCUUCUGCUCUGUGGCCUUCCUUUUUGGGGAAUUUAUAUCCUGAACGAGUUUCAUUGGUCAUUUGGAGAUGCUUUAUGCAAACUAGUCAACUCCAUGAUUGGCAUCAACUUCUACACAAGCAUCUACACACUUGUUAUGAUUAGCGUAGAUCGCUACUUAGCACUUGUGAAAACUAUGAAAGCUAGGUGGCUAAGACGGCGGCUUUAUGCCAAGGUGAUCUGCUUCAUCCUGUGGCUGCUGGGGCUCCUGCUGAGCUUGCCAACCAUAGUUCACAGAAAGGUGAUGUUCAUCGAGGAAUUUGAAACAAUGUCCUGUGUUCUGGAUUAUGCUCAUGGAAGCUCUUGGAAGCUUGCCCAUCAGAUUCUAAUGAACGUGAUGGGCUUUCUGCUCCCUGUUCUGGUUAUUGUUUUCAGUAGCUGGAACAUAAUCAAGACUUUGGCUCAGAGGACGGAAAGUGGAGGCUUCCAUGACACCAAUGACACCAAGGCCACGGUCCUUGUAUAUGUUGUUACACUACUAUUUUUACUGUGUUGGACUCCCUUUCAAGUAUUCACUUUCCUUGACACACUCUGCGAUGUCAAACUGUUGGAUGAGACACUGUGGUUUCACACUCUCAACGUGGGAGGACAAGUUUCAGGRUAUUUGGCCUUCCUCAACAGCACUCUGAACCCUCUGCUGUAUGUCUUUUCUGGGCAGUACUUUAGGAGGAAAGUCAAUGCCAUCUACAGAAGGGUCAGACGUGAACGCAGAGGGUCGGACAUGACAACAUAUCAGCGUUCAGUUGUGUCCACUUAUUUCAACAGAACAGAGCAAAUUAGGCCCGUGGUCAUUUUUAACCCAAAAGAUCAAAUGUGACACUGAUGACAUCCUGCCCUCUGCUUCCUUUUACCGCUUAUGGGUACAACAUACAGGAUUUCAC